AUGUCAAAAACUACAGAAUCCCCAAAAGCAUUUCAGGAAACCCAGGACUUUUUAUUAACCAAGGUGGUGGAAGACGUCAGUCAGCAUGGCUUCGCCCAGAAUGAGGACCUAAAAGAAAAACGGAAGAUGCUUUCUUCCCUGCAGGCAACACUUUCAGAUGUUGAAAAGAAAGGAGAGGCUGCAGAACAGGAGCUACGAUCCAAAGAGCGGGACGUCCUGAUGGUGGAGGGUGAGAUGGAGCAUCUGGAGAGGCAAAUCAAAGACCUGCAUGAUCGCUGUGCAACCGUCCGCAAGGAAAACACAGAACUCCACAUUGUCAUAAGUGAGGAGAAGGAGAAGGCUCGCCUGGUAUUAGCAACGUUCGACACUUACCGAGCCAAGAUGAAGGGUCACAGAGCGGCUGUUCUGCACUCCGUGAGCCAGACGGAGGUCUACAAGGAGCUGGAGGAGAAGAAAGUGCUGGUCCAGAAGCUGAAGCAGAUGAAAGAGCAGCUGAAGGAGGAUUUGCAGAAUCCAAAUGGAAACACAGUGCAGAUAGCAAAGAGUGAGGUCAACGCUCUAAAGAAGGAGAUCUCUGAGAGGAGAAAGACUUUAGCUGAGAGGAGAGAGGAGCUGAGGGAAGAGUUUGAGACUCACGUCCAGUUAAAGAAAGAUAUAAAGAUCCAAAACAGGCGCCACGAAGCCAUCGUCAAACGCCUCCACUGCCAAGUGAGCAGAGCUCAGGCUGCCCACAGGCAAAUGUUGGACGAGGUUUUCCACCUGAAGAGGCAGCUGGAGCAGCUGGAUAGGCAGCAGUGGUUGUCGCAAGACUCAGUGGUCAGUGAUUAUUAA